AUGUACCAUGACCUUCGUGAGUUAUAUUGUGGGCCUGGUCUUAAGCGUGAAGUAACUGAUGUUGUGGAAUUAGUUUCUGAGACCGAAGAGAAGGUAAAACUGAUUCGAGACCGAUUGAGGGAAGCAUCUGAUAGGCAAAAGUCUUAUGUGGAUCUUAAACACCAAGAGAUUGAGUUUUUCUGUGGGGGAUUAUGUAUUUCUCAAGGUUUCUCCAUGGAAAAAGAUACUGAGGUGACGGAAGGGCACUACCGCUUUGAUCCCACACACAUUGUUCCAGUUGAGGAAAUCGAGGUUAGGCCAGAUAUGACCUUCGAUGAGGAACCAGUGCAAAAUUUGGACCGUGAGGUUAAGGUACUGAGGAAGAAAUCUAUUCCUCUAGUCAAAGUGCUUUGGCGUAAUCACAAUUCAGAAGAAGCCACGUGGGAACCCUAA